AUAGGUCUGUUUACACCAAGUGCGAUUCGGACGAGAAAACGGAGGCGAUUUUUAGCGUAGUGGGCUCUUCACACCAGGUCUGAGGCGUUGGAGACGAAAAGGGACUGCAGCUAAAUCACGCACAGCCGGAGUUCACCCCGCUCUGCUCGAGGCUGUGCUUCUGUUUACAGCUCCUGUUGUUUAGCUAAGGUCUAUGGGUUGCAGUGAUGACAGUGGUGAACUUGUCAUUCGCUGCCUGUGGCUUUAUGGGUAUCUACCAGCUUGGUGCAGUGGGAGCGUUCCUCAGACACGGCAACAUGCUACUGGCUUCUAUGAGAGCCUGUGCAGGGGCUUCAGCUGGAGCUUUGGUUGCCUCUGUAGUCAUCACAGCCCCCGACAAGCUGGAGCAUUGUAAAGAAUUCACCUACAGGUUUGCCAGCAACAUCAGAAGACAGACGUUUGGUCCACUGACCCCAGGAUAUGACUUCAUGAUGGAGCUCAGAGACGGCAUAGAAGACAUUCUCCCAUCGAAUGCCCACCUGUUAGCCAACGAGCGCCUCCACAUUUCCAUAACCAACUCUAGGACAGGGAAGAACAGCAUGGUGUCCAGCUUCACCUCAAGAGACGACCUCAUUAAGGUCCUUUUGGCCAGCAGCUUUGUGCCCAUUUAUGCUGGACUGAAGCCAGUGGAAUUCCAAGGGCAGAAAUGGAUAGACGGUGGUUUUACAGACAGUAUUCCUAUCCUUCCUGUGGGACGUACCAUCACUGUGUCCCCGUUCAGCGGCUCACAGGACGUCUGCCCACGUCACACCGGCCGCAGGAAGCUGCAUCUCAGAGUGGCUAACAUGAGCAUUAUAUUUUCUAAGGAUAACAUCAAACGACUGAACCAAGCCCUGUUCCCUCCAUCCCUGCCCAGAAUGCAAGCCAUACAUCAGGAAGGUUACGAGGACGCUCUGCGCUUUCUGAGGACUGAGGGCUGGAUGCAGUAAUAAGUUAGAUUUAGAGCCUUAUUUUAGUGUUUUUAAUUUGCCAUAAAUGCCAAGUGUGAGGUUACUAUAGUAAUUGUUUGGCAGACCUGAAGUGUUUUCAACUUUGAAAAAAGCAUUUUAAGGGCAGUUUUACGAAAUGUUUUACUGGAAGGGGGGGCUUGAAGGGGCCUUAGAUAGAAAGCCAAUGAAAAUAUUAUAAAAUAUAAGGGGGUUAUGAGCAAAUCUUCGUGCCUUUAUCUAUGUUAAAUAAAGAGACAUUGCCAAAAAGCUCUUCUGAGAUCAUCACUGUUGUCAGUGGCUGCUGUCACCGUGGCCAAGUUUACAUGGCUACAUGCCACCAUAGGCCACUGUUUUACUAUCAGUUAUGAAAUAAGGCAUGGAACAAGGCUGUUUUUCAAUGUCAAAAUGUAAACACAGCACUGCCCUGCUUGACUGUUUCUCCAGACUGUGGGAAAUUAGCUGAGCUGUGUUCGCUCCUGUAGGUCAGAGGUUCCCAAUCAUGAGGCUGUGGGCCAGUACCAGGCUGCAGUAACAAGCAGUAAGCAGGGGGUAUUUAGUAGCCUGAAGAUUUGAUUCUUACUAUUAAUGUAAAUCAUAUUAUUAGAUCAAAACAUGUUUAUAUAAGCCUUAAUUCUUGCCAUUAAAAUGUUUUGUAAACUAAUUUUAUGUAAUUUAAAUAUCACAUGCGUGCACAUGCUGUUGGCAACUUUCAGCUAAUGACUAAGUGAAGAUGUCAAAAAAAGAGGAAACUGACAACAUUAACAAAGCAUUAUUUGCAGCUGCAAACAGAAAAAACAUUGAAAACAACAACAAAAAAAUAAAUUAAUUAGCAAAUAAGGGUCUGAUAAAACCACAUGGUAUGCAAAGAGAACCUAGACAAUGAGGCUAUAAAGCUGUCCAAUUUCUUCACAAUCGGAGACAAAACAUUCCUCAACUAUAGCAAAACAUAGGCUAAUCGUGUGUCUCACUACAUCCAACCCCACUUCCCUACCAGUACAUGUGGUCUGCAAUGUUAACAAGGUUGGGAACCCCUGCUGUAGGCUACUUACCUAGCUAGGAAGCUAGUUGACCAUGAUAAAGAUAAUAUUCAGUAGAAUUGGAAGUUAAAUACUGUGUUGAAAUUACAAGAACUUUACAGUCUUCAAGCUUUUUGGCCUGGACAUCAAUGUCUGCUGCUAUAAAAAGUAGGUCUGCUGUAUUAUGCUGUACGUUGUUAUAGUGACUAGGCAGAGAAAUGUGAGGUAAGCAACUGUAACUGCCUUUAAAACUGUAGAUAAAUGAAUGAAUAAAUGACUCUGCAUGGUUACGGAAGACACAGGGAAACAGGUCAGUUGGUAGCUGUCGUGCUCACUACAGCAGUGUCUCUGGGACAUAAUGCCCAUAAGAACAGCUACGCCACUCAUUGUAGCAUGUUUUAUUUUAAAUUGACUGUAACUAAGUGUUGACUUGAACCUGUAAUAUAUCACUUAUUCUCAAAUGAAACUGCUGAUUUGUUUUUAUAUUUUGUGCCAAACAUUCCUAAAUAAAGCAAACAAUGUUCUGUAUCUGGAAA